AUGACCUAUUUGGUGAAUAUCUUUAAAGAUAAGAACACAGUUAUUUUAGCUUUCAAGGCAGCUAUCUCAUUAUUCUUGGUCCAAAUAACAUAUUUGAUAAGUGGAUAAUAUACUAUCAUUUCUCAUGCAACAAUAUUGAGUUCUUUAGGUGGAGCAAUAAUAGUUGUUCUCCGCUUUAUUACUAAAUAGCAAGUUCAUAAAUAUGAAUAUUUAGGCAUACUUCUUGCAAUGAUUGGUUGCGUGAUUUCUGUUUUUGAUGAAAUUCAGAAAGUAAAUGAAAAAGAUCUGAAUAUCCCUCUUGGGGAUAUUAGUGGGUUACUUUGCUCGAUUUUUAUGGUAAUUUAAAUGAACUGCACCCAUGAAUUAAUUCAAAAAGUACCAACUUCAUUAGCAACCUUGUUUUCAAUUGUAGUUGGCCUAUUACUAAUUAUUGCUUUUGGUUUAUUAUUUGACAAUUUUACCUUUGAUAUGAAUAUGAACACUGGAAUAUUUGGCUUCUGUAAUAGUGAAUACUUUCUCUAUACAUUCUUUAUUUUAGGUUUCUUUACUGGUGCUGUGGCUUAGUUCACAGAAUAUCAAUCCUUAAAGUAUUUUUCACCUCUAAUAGUUAUUAACUUUUUGCUAUUUGAGCCAAUCAUAUCCUAAUUUCAAUCAUGCUGGUUGGGAAUCGAUUAAGCCCCUGGAGAGAUGACAUAUAUUGGAGGUUUAUUUACUCUAUUGGGGAUAUUUUUUGUGUCUUAUGGAGGUUAGUUACUGGAAGAUAUACUAGAAAAUUAAAAUAAUUAGAAAAUAAGCAAAGGACAUAGUGAAAAUUAUAAAAUUCAAUUAACUAACUGA